AUGGUCUCGUACCUCCUGCCUUUGAUAAGCUGCGUCAGCUGGAGUUCUCGACUUGGGAGGGAACUUCUUCUCCGGACCAUUGCUAUCAUCGCUUGCUCAGCUUGCAUCCACACUGCAAACGCUGGAUCUGACAGAGCAAGCUUGUUCACAGGCUCCAUUCCUUCCUCCCUUGGGCAACUGAAAAGCCUUCAGCGUCUCUAUCUCUCGGGUUCUCCCAAGCUCACAGGUUCCAUUCCCUCAUCCUUCGGGGAACUGAAAAGCCUCCAACGUCUCGAUCUCUCAAGCAUUUCCGAGCUCACAGGAUCCAUUCCAGAGCGUCUCGGUGACCUCCAAAACUUGGAAUAUCUCGACUUGAGUGGCACCAAGUUGUCCGGCUCCAUUCCUCCAUCGCUAGGCAAGCUUGCCAGCUUGGAGACGUUGAAGAUAUCAGGCACCAACGUCGCUGGACGAUACCCCGACACGCUCGGCAUCCUCAAGAAACUCAAGCUGUCUGGCACUGGGCUUACUGGACAAAUACCGAGUUCUCUCAGCCGUCUUAGCAAACUUGUCAAGCUGGAUAUCUCGUCCAACUCAUUCAGCGGCAGCAUCCCCGAGUCUCUAGGCCUUCUCUCCAAUCUCAGCGAGCUUUGGGCCUCGGCAAGCCAGCUGUCGGGUCGUAUUCCAGAUGGUUUUGCUCAAGGUCUCAAAAACCUCAAAAGGCUGCAGCUUUCGAUGAACAACCUCACUGGGCUUCCCACCAACAUGGCCAACCUUAGCAGCUUGCAAGUCAUCCGACUGGAUAACAAUAAUAUCACGAGCUUUGACGCCAUCUCCGGGCUGAAAACACUCCCGGGGCUCUCAACGAUCUCUCUCAGCGGCUGCAAGCUCCAAGGGUCAAUACCUUCCUGGUUUGGAAGCAUCAACCUCAAGGAACACCCCGAGCUUACAUGCGAGAUAGACCUCUCCUUCAACUCCAUCACUGGAGCUUUGCUCAAUUCCUUGGGAAGAAUCUCCAACCUCAAGCACCUCUUCCUCCAGUCCAACAAGAUCCAAGGAAAACUUCCAGACAGCUUUGGAAAAACUCUUCCCAAGUUGAGGUAUCUGGAGCUGCGCGACAACUUCCUUACGGGAGUCCCGAAAGACUUGAGCAACAUGGGAAAAGGAACGCUAUACCACCUCGGACUCAACUACAACAACCUCAGCUUUCAGGCUCUCGAAGGACUGACCACACUCCCCCAAGUUUCCUUCCUCGUGCUCGACCACUCCCAGCUCACAGGAGCCAUCCCGAGCUGGUUCGGCAAGAUCCCAAUGGCCCAAGACGCCAAAGACGUCGUCAGCGACUUCGCAGUGCUGAGCCUCAGCUCCAACCGCAUCACUGGGGAAAUCCCACCAGAGCUUGGCCAGCUGACCCAACUCACGGGGCUCUACCUGGAUGACAACGCGCUCACUGGCGCCAUCCCUCCCAGCCUCGCCAAUCUCACGAGCUUGCAGAGGCUAGACCUUGCCAGGAACCGCCUGACCGGCAAGAUUCCAGUGGAAUUCCUGACGCUCAAGAAACUGAACUACUUGAAUGUCGCCCACAACCAGCUCACUGGCGCCAUACCUAGCGGAGAGCCGCUCAUCGACAUGGAUCCGGAGAACUUUGCCGCCAAUCCGGGGCUCUGCGGCAAGCCCCUGCCCCCGUGCUCCCCAAAAACCCUAGCUCUGUCAUGA